AUGAGAGAUUCGAUAAGCCCACCUUCAUCUUCUUCAUCACCAUCAUCACCAUCCAUUCCAGUUGAAAUUUUAGCUACUCCACCUAGAAUUGGCCUAAGCAAUACAAAUAGUAAUAACAAUAAUAAUAAUAAUAAUAGUAGUAGUAAUCGUCUUUAUUCUCGUUUAACAAGUAAUAAUUUUUCAAAUAGUAAAAAGAAAUCAACUAGCUCUCCAACAUCACCAACUUUUUCAAAUUUUACAUCAAAAUUUUCAAAUUUUCUUAGUAUAAAAAAGAAUAGCAGUAGUAGUAAUAAUAGUAAUAAUAACAAUAAUAACAACAAUAGUUCUGGUAAUAUUUUAAGUAGUAGUCUUAAUAAUAGUAAUGGAGAUGAUAAUAAUAUUUUAAAUAUAGAGAAACUUUGUAUUGCAGAUAAUGAGGAUAGUAGCAUAAGUGAAGAAUAUGAUGAUUGUUAUGAUGGAUAUUCAAAUAAUAAUAAUAGUAAUAAUAUUAAUAAUACAGAUAGCGGAGAUGAAGAAUAUAUAAGUAACAAUAAUAAUAUUAAUAAUAAUAACAACAACAAUAAUAAUGAUAGUGGUUUUAACUUUUUUGAUUUACCAAUUGAAAUUAGAAUGCACAUUUUAUCAUUUUCAGACGCAGUAGACCUUUCAAAAACAUGUACAGUCUCUAAAUAUUGGAAAUCUAUGGUUGAUGAUGAACAACUUUGGAAUAAUUUAAAUAAAUCUAUUUUUGGUGAAAGUGCAAAAAAUGAAAUUUUUUGGAAAGGAACAGUUAUAAAAAAUUUAUUAAAAUUAAGAGAAUUUGGAGAAAAAGAUUCAGAUUUAAAAUUACUAUGGGCAUGUGAAAAUGGUCACGACCAAAUUUUACAAAGAUCAUUUGACAGCAAAAGAUCAAAUGUUGUUUCACCAGCAUUAUUACAUUUAAAUAAUGUUAAUAAUACUAAUAAUAAUACAAAUAUUAAUAUAAAUGUUCCAAUAAUUCAAAUAAAUCAAGUUUUAGAUGACUACCCACAACAACCACAACAACCACCACCACAACCACAACAAAAUGUAAAUAUUAAUAACAAUGAAGAAAAUGAAGAAGAUAGUGAAGAAGAAGAGGAAGAUGAAAAUAAUAACAAUAAUAAUGAACAACAAGAGCAAGAACAAGAACAAGAACAACAAAAUAAUCAUCAUCAUCACCACCAUCAUCAUCAUCAUCAACAACAACGUCGUAAUAAUAAUAAUAAUAAUAAUGAUAAUAAUAAUGAAGUUGAUUUAGAAAUGGAAGAUAUUGAUGUUGGUAAUACAUCAUCACCAAUAAUUAGUGAAUCAAAUGGUAUAUCAUUAAAAAAGAGAAAUAAAUUUUUAUUAAAAGCAUCAUAUAAAGGACAUCGUUCAGUGAUUGAAUGUUUGUUAAGAAAUGGUGCAGACAUUGAAACCAAUACACGUUCAGGCUUCACAGCAUUACAUAUGGCAUGCGGAAAAGGUCAUGUUGAAGCAGCCGAAUCUUUGAUAUUGGCAAAUGCAAAGAUUGAAUGUAAAAAUAAGAAUGGUUCAACACCUUUACAUACGGCCGCACAAAAAGGUCAUGUUAGAGUGGUGGAGCUAUUGAUUACUCAUGGUGCAAACAUUGAGGCAACCAAUAUCAAUGGCGUUACUCCAUUGAAUUCAGCGGCUCACAAUGGUCAUACAGAGGUGGUACGUUGUCUAUUGGAACAUAAUGCCAACAUGGAAGCUAUCAAUAAGAAUGGUAUCACUCCACUCUAUUCAGCAGCCCAUAGAGGUCAUUAUAAAGUGGUAGAGUGUUUAUUAGAGUACAAGGCAAAUAUUGAAGGUACCACAAAGAACCAUGGUGCAACACCACUCUAUAUAUCAGCACAAGAGGGUUACACUGAAAUCGUCAAUCUUUUAUUGGAGAAUCGUGCAAAUGUCGAAGCGAAAAUUAGAUCGGGUAUGAGAUGUGGUGCAACUCCACUCUAUACAGCUUGUCAUAGAGGUCAUGUUGAUAUCGUUGAAUUAUUACUCAAAUACAAAGCAAACACUCAAGUCACCGAUAGAAAUGGUUCAACUCCACUUCAUAAAGCUUCCUCCGAAGGUCAUGUCAGUGUUGUCGAAUGUUUGCUCAAUCAUAAUGCCGAUAUAAAAGCUAGAGCUCGUGAUGGUUUAUGUCCUUUAGAUGUCGCUCAUAAAAAUGUUAAAAAAAUAUUAAAACAAGCUGAUGUUGCCAGAGCUGGUUCAAAUAAUUCAAUGGAUUGUCAAAUUAUGUAA